AUGCCUUUGGGUAUUCAGCAAGUAUUGAAUUCUUAUAGUGUUAUGAAAUUAACAUGUUAAGAUUUUGGAUGUUGGAAGGGAGUAAAGAAUAACCAAAUUGCAAUUCUAUGCUAUGGGAUACGAUGGAAUAAGAGAAACAGAAAUUUUAGAUUGUUUGCUUAACCUGUAGUAUUAGCAAAAUUUUCUAAUUAACGAGCGUUCAAAAUAAUAUUGUAUAAUAAGGGAGGGAAAACUGUAGAUUCCUUUAUAUCAAUCAUUAAAAUUUAAGACUAUUAUUCUUGUUGA